CCGCACCAACAUUAAGCAAGUAAAUAAUAUUAUCAGCCAUUGGAUCUUAAAAAUCGAUGGCUCAUGCCGACUUGGUGGACAGAGUACAUCAGUUGUAUGCACUUUUCAGUGAGAUGCUACAUGCCAUCAUCAAAUCUUCAGUAGUACUGCUCUGGAACUUAAUAUAAAAUGUUUUUUGAACCAUGACAGUGUCAAAAAAACGUCUUAUAUUUCGAUAAGGAUGGAGUAAUUCAGUUCCUUUCCCCCACCACAGGGUACAUAUAUGCUUGAUCUUGAUCAGCUGGGUCUUGACGUUCCGUAGUUAAGUUUCGGGAUGGUCCCCAAAAAAAAAGGCUUAUUCCCUCCAGAGAAGUUUGACAUGCUCCUGCGGUGUACUCCAAGUGCAACCCAGAGCAACCAGACCAAACUGCCCCUGAUCCUCUCGAGGCCUUAACUUAACGAACUCCAGCCCCGGUGCAUGACCACGGAUCCUCUCACUCACACCGCAUGCCAGUAGGAAUGUGACAACCUGACCCUGAUGUGACUUCUGUUCAACUCCUCCUCGUCUUCCCCCCGCGCGCGCCGGCCCAGAUGUUCCUCCACCACCUCUUGGUGCAAAACAUGGCCAAGAACACACAGCAACCAAGAUCGAAAGACGGCGGCGGCGCGGCGAGGUCGAGAGGCCUGUCCAAGAAGUCGCCGUGGUACCAGCGCGCGGUGGAGCUGCUGCUCCUCAUCUGGAAGCAGCCGGCGGGGGCGCCGACGACGACGAAGGCGGCCGCGGCGGCGGGGGUGUCGGCCACCGGCAAGGCUGCAUCGGCGGCGGCGGCCGGGCCGGGGAGGCUGCGCAAGUCGUCGUCGCUGAACGUGGCGGCGUCGUUCACGCGCGUCUGCCUCUGCGCGCCCAUCUCCUCCUACAACGAGCCGUCGCUCUACUUCCAGCCGGGCGACGUGGCGCCGCGCCGGAGCUACAGCUACCCGCGCGCGUCGUCGGCGUCGGCGUCCGGGUGCGCGAACGUGAACCCGCUGGUGGCCCCGCCGCCGGGCGCCGAGCCGCACCGCGGGGCAUCGGGCGGCGGGGAGGGCGCGAGGCGGCCGGUGUUCCGCGGCAAGUCGCUGACGGACGACCACCUGAUGCGGCGGUUCGUGGUGGACGAGGGCGCCACGCGGCGGCGGAACCAGAUGGAGGUGAUCCGGCGGCGGCACGCCACGGCGGCCAAGCGCCGGCGCCUGGGUCCCAGCCCGCUCCGCCGGAUGGUCCUGGCGGAGUCGGAGUCGGAGGGCGAGGAGGACGCGGCGGUGGCGGUGGCGGAGACGCAACAACGGGAGAGGAAGCGGGCGGAGCCUCGGUCGUCGGGUAGCGUAGCAAUGGCGUGAAGCUUCCUUCCCUUGUUAGUUUGCUUCCCACCCGUUCACUCACUCACUCACCCCUCGUCGUUUUCCCUUUGUCAUCUCUCACUUCACUUGUGUUGUUGUCGAUGUCAUAUCACGCAUGAACAAAUUCAGAGCAGCCAGCGAGCACCAUGUUUUUA